CCGAAGUGUUCAAGAAGAAAGAGCAGGGAGAAGACGCAAAUCUGUAGCCUGCCACAGCAUUCCAAGAGUUUCAACGGAUCGCCGCCCUAUGAAAAUACUGUCCGGGAACUAACUAGAUAGAUAAAUAAACAAAACGGCUUUUGUUCAGUCCCUGGCUACCAACCUAUGAAUGAUCAACUCAAUGCUGUAAACUAAGGUUAGCUCGAAAUAAAGACGACUGGAUGCGAGCGAAGGUUUUUUUCACGCCGUUUAAACUUUACUGGGCAGCUAGCUAACGUUAGCUGUCUUGCUACUACUCUAGUCCCUCUCACCAUGGCGGAAGGACCGUUUUAUGGAGGUUUAAAUAACGUUACCAACUUUGCCAACCCAAGAAUUAAAAAAUCUGUCACUGCCAAUAUCCCCUCAGCGAUGAAUUUGCGGAAAAAAGUUCGACUAAGUCAGCCGAGGCGGAAUAUCCACAAUCGGGUGGUUCUGGAGAAAGUUCUAGGCAUCACUACCUCCAGCAGCAGUGGCUUGGCCUGUGACCCCAACACUGGAUUGGUGGCCUAUCCAGCUGGGUGUGUUGUGGUUAUCCUGCACCCGAAGAAGAACAAACAGAGCCACAUACUCAACACCUCCAGAAAAACUUUCACUGCCUUGGCAUUCUCACAGGAUGGAAAAUACUUGGUCACUGGUGAGAGUGGUCACAUGCCCUGUGUGCGUGUGUGGGAUGUGGCUGAAAGGACGCAGGUGGCUGAAGUUCAGUGCCACAAAUAUGGGGUGGCCUGUGUAGCCUUCUCCACCAACAGCAGCUAUAUUGUGUCAGUGGGCUACCAGCAUGACAUGACGGUCAGCGUCUGGGAGUGGAGGAAAGGGACUGUUAUUGCCUCCAAUAAAGUGUCCAGUAGAGUGCUGUCUGUGUCCUUCUCGGAGGACAACAGCUACUUUGUCACAGCGGGGAAUAGACACAUCAAGUUCUGGUACCUGGAUGCGUCAAAGGAGCGACGGGUGAACAGCACGGUGCCUCUGAUUGGCCGUUCAGGGUUGCUGGGUGAACAGAGAAACAGCAUGUUUUGUGAUUUAGCAUGUGGUUUGGGCAACAUGGCGGGCAACACUUACUGUAUCACCAGCUCUGGACUCCUUUGUCAGUUCAACAGCAGGAGAUUGCUGGAGGCCUGGGUCGACCUCAAGACUUCAUCUGCUCGGUGUUUGACUGUGAGCAAGGACUAUGUUUUCUGCGGCUGCGCGGCUGGCACCGUCAGGGUUUUCAGUCCUCAGAACCUUCAUUACAUCACCACACUGCACCGCCCGCACUGUCUGGGGGUGGACAUCACACAGGGCAUCCAGCCAGGACACCUGUUUUCCACAAUGCCAGAGGCAGAGUAUCCAGACACAGUUGCCCUGACUUAUGACCCUGUGGCAAGAUGUCUGACCUGCGUGUACAAUGAUCAUAGUGUGUAUGUGUGGGACAUCCGUGACAUCAGGAAUGUGGGGAAGGUCUACUCUGCCCUUUACCAUGGUGGCUGUGUCUGGAGUGUGGAGACUUACCCAGAUGUGGAGGAGCUGUCUAGGCAUUGUCUUCCCCCUGGGUCCUUCCUCACUUGUUCCUCUGAUAACACGAUCCGGCUGUGGCACACUGACCCCCAGCAGACCCAAAGCCCCAGAACCAUGUACCAUCGCAACCUUUAUAGCCAUGACCUGAUGAAGAUUGUCUAUGUGGGGAAAGAUACACAGCACCUGCAGUGUGAGGGCGAGCUGGGAGAGGGCAGCAGCUCAGAUGCAAAGUCUGGGAUCAGAGUCCUGGGUAUUAGCCCAGACGGUCAGCACCUGGCUGCUGGAGACCGCAACGGCAACCUGCGUAUCUUCAGUUUGCAGUUCCUUGAUGAGAUCUUGAAGAUAGAGGCCCAUGACUCUGAGGUGCUGUGCCUGGAGUUCUCCCCAACUGAAACAGGGCUGCACCUGCUGGCCUCGGCCAGUCGCGAUCGCCUCAUUCACAUCUUCAACAUCGAGAAGGAGUACGAGCUGGUGCAGACCGUGUACGACCACUCCGCCUCCAUCACUGCUAUCAAGUUCACGGGUGUGGGCCCAGAUGUGCGCAUGGUUAGCUGUGGUGCCGAUAAGAGCAUCUACUUCCGCACAGCUGAAAAGUCCUCUGAGGGCCUGACUUUCUCUCGCUCCCAUCACGUGGUGGAAAAAGCCACACUUUAUGAUAUGGAUCUUGAUGCCGCACGCAACCAUGCUGCCAUCGCCUGCCAGGACAGGAAUAUCAGGGUGUACAACGUGAAGAGUGGGAAGAUGAAGAAGUGCUUUAAGGGGUCUGUGAGUGACGAUGGCACGCUGCUGAAGGUGCAGAUGGACCCCUCGGGCAUGUUCCUGGCCACCAGCUGCUCAGACAAGAACAUCUGCAUCUUUGACUACGAGUCUGGAGAAUGUGUGGCCACCCUGUUUGGGCACUCUGAAAUUGUGACUGGAAUGAGAUUUAGCCAGGAUUGCCGGCACCUUAUUACCGUGUCUGGAGACAGCUGUGUGAUUGUGUGGAGGCUGGACUCCCAAAUGACCAAUUCAAUGAGAAAGAGGCUGGCUGAAAUAAGGCAGAGAGCUGGGCUUCAGGGAUUCCCCAGGACCACUGCCAGGAACCUUCCGAUCAGGAGGCAGACCUAUAUCUCUGUGCCCCGCCCCAUGCUGGCACAGACAGGAGGGGUGCAGGAGGAAGAGGAAGAGGAUGCAGUCAUGAGUGGAGAAGAGCAGGAAGAGCACCCUAAGACUCCCGCCAGGGAUGACUCUGCACAGGAAACGCUUGACCCCAUGUUCUUGCAGACCAAUGGCAAGCUGCCCAUGUGGGCCAGGAGGCUGGGUGCAGCAGGGUCUUCUGCCAACCCCAUGGAACAGAAGGAGGUUGGCCCGUACCAGCCCCGUGGCCGCUGGGCAGAGCAGUCAGAUCCUGAGGCCAUCCGCUCUGUCCUGGAGACCCGAAGCUUGCAGCUGCCCCUCUCCCCUAGCCCAAAGAGAAAUGAGGAAGGCGAGGAUGAGGAAGGGGAGGAAGAGGAGGAUGAGUCUUGCUUCCACCCUCAGAGUCUGGACAGUCUCCUGGCAGAGGAUGAGGAAGAUGAGGAGGAAGAAGACGAAGAAAAGAUGGGGUUGAGGGGUGCUUUUGUGCCCGGUUUUCCGAGACCAGGCUUCCUGCCGCUGCCGGACGGCGAGGAGCCCUUCCCAGCGGGGCUGAGCUCUCCUGAAACGAGUGACUACGUCCUCUACCCCACCAACAGCACCACGCUCUCAACAGGUGCAGAGGGCGAUUUUGACGUGAAGGAGCUGUGUGAGGCCAGCGCAGUGCCCCAGCGGGAGGGCUGGGUCGAGGAGGAGCUUAGUCCCGACAGUGCCUGCUGUAUGGGCUCCACAGAGAGCCAGGCCUCCAACCAGGACCAGCCCCAGGAAGACACAGACUCCCUCAGUCAAGUGAGCUCAACGGGCAGCACCGGGUUGGAAGAGGAGGAGGAGGAACCGGAGACGCUUCUGCGCCAGCAUUUCGACACGCUGGCGGACUGCCUCGCCAGCACCGAGAAGUUUGACACAGACCUGCAGGACCUGCAGCCGCCCACCGAGAGCAUCUUCCUCAACCCCCGUCUCAGCAUCUCCACCCGCUUCCUGUCGCGCUUCCAGGGCCGCAUCGCUUCCAAGCUGGGUGUCGGGCUGGGCCUUCGUCCUGUGGCAUCACUUCCCGCCAGUAUAUCAGAGGAGGCGAUUAGCAGAGUGCCUAGCCUCGCUAAGACUGAGGCACCGCCCAGUGGCCCCCAUCCAGUGGUGCAACCCUCAGCAUCGCUUCCCCUGAGAGUCUCAGAAGAUCCAAGCAGUCGGGCACUCAGCCUUGCCAAGACUGAGGUCAGCUCAAAGCCUUCUGAUGGUUCUGCCACUCAAGAAGGAGGCAAAUACAGUGAAGUCACAGACAAGGCCCAGUCAUCACUGUCCAGCUCUCAGAGUGGAGGUCUGAUGUCUUCCCAGCGCUGCUCCACUCCCUCCGCCCAAAAACCACCCCUGCCUGGAACUGACAAAGACUCUGCGCCUCCUCAGCCCCACGCCCGCCCUCCUCGACAGAGCUACAUGUGUGCCACUGCCAGCUCCCGUGCCAAGAUGUCCCGUAGCAGCUCUGUAGGGGAGAACCUGAAUGUCUCACAAGCAGACGAGCAGUCCGGCAAGCCCGUCAGCCUGAGGGCUUCCUCCACCCAGGACCUGCAUGUAGACCAUGAGCACAAAGAGAACCUCCCUCCUCCAGCUAACCCUACCCCCAUUGCCUUCGCCAACACAGCCACUUCCUCUUCCGCUUUUCAGGCUCCUGUCAGCCAGACUCCUCCUCCCACUCCUCCGCCGGGCAACCACAGGGCCAGAGCGGCCCUCCACCUCGACCUGCCUGGGCCAGAUCGCGCCAAGGUGGCUUCUCCAUCCCCCUUGGCGCACAAAUCACGACGGCGCACAGUGGGCGUAUUCCAGCCCUCUGCUGUCGUAACGCCCACAGAGAUGAGGUCUUUGGGGAAAGAAACGAGGAGCUACAUUAGCACCAUUGAAGAAAGCAUCGCACCCAGAGACCCAGUGCGUACCAAGAGCCUGGCCUUGUCCAGUGCCUCCAUAACCCAGCAGAGUGAGACUGCCGCUAGUAGUCAGUCCCCAACGGUUGUGCAGGAGGAGUCUGGAAUCCAGGAGCCCCUCUCUUCAGUGGAGCAGGAGAGCUUGCCCUCUGGGUGUCUGUCCCCUUUACCUGGAGGAGCUGCUCCAGAACAACCCCUAGUGGAGUGCUCAGCCUCCCUCCAUGCAGAUGCUGUGAACGUGCCAGUGAAUCUUCAGGCUUGUAAACAGGUUGUAAAUGAACUGCAGCACUCAAUGAAGAGAGCUGUUAGUUUGUACAGCAAGCUCUCCUCCAUGAAAGACAACCCAGAGCAGCAGCUGCAGAUGAGGUCCAUCCUAACAGAUGCCUUCUCAGCAGUUCAAAGCGAGUUGGACAGUGUGUGCCCACAGAGCAGUCGCCCCCCUGGGAAGACUUCCUGCCCAUCAGCAGAGGAGUCCCCUGGGCGGCAGCUGAAAGAUGAGAGGACGGUGGCUCUGCUGGAGAAGUACUCUGAGAUGCUGCUGCGCAUUGCAGAAAAGAAGCUGGACUGUAGCUGAGAGCUGACGCCCUCUUUUUCCACCAACUUUGACUUUGUUCUGAUUCAUUUAUUCAUCACCUGUUGCUUAGCAGAGGCUCUUGUAUUUCUAACACUCUACUCUGUGAAUCCUACUUCCGGCACAUUAAUGGACAACGUAUACUGACAAGACAUUUCUCAUUUAUGCCUUAUGUUGAUGGAAUCUGGGAAAAUUCAAUGACUGACAGUUGAGCAGGUUGCCCUGAUUUACACCCCAUGAUCCUCUGCUCCUGGCGAUGGUUUCUGCUUAGGAUUCUCACAACGGUCUGUCUCCUGACUCAUGACCAAUUUUCUUAAUUCUUAUUUUUUAAAAUAAUUUAUUUCUCGCUUGUUUACAGACUGUAUAAAUGUGUUUUAAAUCUUUGUCUUUUUUUUGUUACUUAAUUUAUGGCCUUGUUUUAUUCUUGGUUGUAUCGGUUACUGUACAAUUCAGCCAGUUUCUUUGAGGGAGUGAUUUUUAGAUGGCAGUGGAGCAAGCUACAUCCAAAAUCUUGUGUAUC